CUACUUUUAAUCUUACAGUUCUGGGUCUUGUCGCGCUGUGUUGUGAUACUCUAUAGACAGUUCAAAUCGUUUCAGCGCAAAUAAACCAGCGUUGUGAUUGUAUCUAGUCAGAACGUUCUGUUGCGUCCUUAACCUGGUCCUUGGGUUAGGUCUACCGGCAUAUCUGCAGGGCACUUGCAUUUGUCACAAUGGCGGCGUCGGCAUCAAUUUCGAAAACAAUCUACGUUGGCCCCUUCGUUCACAGCACAUCCCUCACAGAUCUCGAGAUCGAAGAAAAGGGUGCUAUCGGAGUCGAUGAAAAUGGAGUUAUAGCCUUUGUUGAAAGAAACGUAUCCCAAGCGGGUAUUGAGGAUGUCAAGAGCAGGAAUCCAGGAUGGCAAGAUGCGCAAGUUAUCAAGUUAGAAGGAAACGGGUUCUUCUUCCCAGGAUUCAUCGAUACGCACACUCACGCGUCGCAACACCCUAACACUGGACUCUUUGGCAAGACGACCCUCCUAGAUUGGCUGCAGACUUAUACAUUCCCUAUGGAAUCAUCCUUGUCUUCCGUCCCCACGGCUCAACGCAUCUACCAGAGCUUUGUAUCCCGAACCCUCUCCCACGGCACAACAACAUGCGCCUACUACGCUACCAUCCAUGUCCCCGCUACCAACCUGUUAGCCGAUAUCUGCCUGAAGCGAGGCCAGCGAGCACUCGUAGGCCGCGUGUGCAUGAACAGCGACCUAAGCCCAGAAUACUACCGCGACGAAAGUGUAGAAACCAGCGUCCGCAACUCCCAAGCAAGCAUAGACUACAUCCGCUCCAUCGACCCCAAAGGCGAAAUUGUGAAACCCAUCGUAACCCCCCGCUUCGCCCCGUCCUGUACAUCAGACUGCCUCUCCGCCAUCAGCAAACUCGCCCAAGAAACAAACUCGCACAUACAAACGCACAUCUCCGAGAACAAAGGCGAAAUCGCUCUCGUGCAAGAACUAUUCCCGAAAUCAAAGAGUUAUACAGAUGUAUACGAUACACACGACCUCCUGACGCCCAAGACCAUCCUCGCGCACGCCGUGCACCUUUCGCCUGAAGAGCGGCAGACGAUUCUAGCGCGGAAGAGCAAGAUUAGCCAUUGUCCUGCGUCCAACACGGCGAUUACAUCGGGCUGUGCGCCGAUCCGCACAAUGCUCAAUGAAGGACUGACUAUCGGUCUCGGCACGGAUAUCAGUGGUGGUUUCCACCCUUCUAUUCUCGAGAACGUGCGGCAGGCUGUGUGGGUGAGUCGGCAUCUUGCGCUGCAGACUGGCGACGAUGCUACGAAGCUUUCUACCGAAGAAGCGCUGUACCUAGCGACCCGCGGCGGUGCGGCAGUUGUAGGUCUAGAGGAGCAGGUCGGUGGUUUUGAUGUUGAGAAGGAGUGGGAUGCACAGAUGAUUCAUCUUGGGUCUGUGGAUGAGGAGGGGAGUUCUGAUGCGGUGGUUCACGAGGGGCCUGUAGAUGUCUUUGGCUGGGAAAGUUGGCCUGAUAAGGUGGAGAAGUGGGUGUAUAGCGGUGAUGAUCGGAAUACUAUCGCUGUGUGGGUUAGGGGCCGGUUAGUGCAUAAGACGGCAUUGUACUCGGGACCUAAGGACGCGACAACACUAUAAGUGUUUCUCUAUCUCUUGGAAACG